UGCGACUUCAGUUGUUUAUACGAUGGCGUCGGUGGAUUUAAGAGAUAACAAUCUCCUGGGGAUAUCAUGGGUUGACAGUGGCUGGGUACCCAUUCUCAAUCCUGGCAAUGUACUGGAGUAUUUUUCGGAGAGGAGUAAUCCGUUCUACGAUCGCUCCUGUAACAACGAGGUGGUCAAGAUGCAGCGGCUGAGCAUGGAACAUCUCAAUCAGAUUGUUGGAGUGGAGUACAUCCUGCUCCAUGCUCAAGAACCUAUCCUGUACAUCAUCAGAAAACAACAGAGACAGUCUCCCACUCAAGUCAUCCCUAUAUCUGACUACUACAUCAUAGCUGGAGUGGUGUAUCAGGCUCCUGAUCUGGGAUCAGUCAUUGGAUCUAGAGUGUUGUCCGCUGUCCAUGGCAUCCAGUCUGCCUUCGAUGAGGCCAUGUCCUACUGUCGCUACCACCCAUCUAAAGGGUACUGGUGGCACUUUAAAGACCAGGAGGAGAGAGAUGCCAAAGCCAAGCCAAAGUCUAAGAAGAAGGAAGAGCCCAGCUCUCUGUUUCAGAGACAGCGUGUUGAUAAUCUUCUUCUUGAUCUCAGAUCUAAGUUCCCUCCAACGUUCUAUCAGCCUAAGCCUGGCGAGAAGCCUAUCCCAGUGGAGGUGAAGAAAGAGCCAGAGCCCACCGCAGAGACUGUGAAGCAGGAAGAGAGAGAACCGGCCGCCAAGCCCUCUGCCCCUGCCCCUGCCAGCACCAAGCCACCGCCGGAGAAACGCGCCAGGCUGCAGUGAUGACAGAUGGCCGCUCCUGUACGUGGUUCCGAUCAUGUCCACGCUCACGGGACGGACCCAUGGUAUCACCCUCCGUUGGCUGGGGAGAGCUACGAGCUUAGACGUUUCCAUGCAAAUGGGCCUCCGUCCCACAGCAAACAUAACAUGGUCCUCUUUGGAGUUUGGCCGUCAUUUACCAUCAUCUGUAAAUCACAACUUAUUUAAAGGGUGUUUCUCUCAGUCGCCUCAGACAUUACAGUGGGCACAAAAGAAAUCAUGAGCACAAUAAAACUACGAUUGAAGUAUGCAAUUUGGAACCUGAAA